GAAUUUCCAUUAAUAGAGAUUCGGAAUGCAUGUCCAAAAAUAGCCAUUUGUCUGUUGAUAAGGGCCAGCUGGCGGCUGCUGCUCCCUGCAGUCAGAGUCCAAACAGAGAGCUCCAAGCACGACUCCUGGACGAGACAUGUCGGAACGCCAAGUCCCUUUCACUUUCCUCCACAGCCCCAGCUGGGAUCCCUUCCGGGACUGGUAUCGGGGCAGCCGCCUCUUUGACCAGUCCUUUGGGAUGCCCCUCAUCCCUGAAGACUGGUAUAAAUGGCCUGUGGGGACCACCAGCUGGCCAGGCUACGUCCGCCCACUGGCCAGCGUGAGCCCCGAACAGGGAGCUGCCGGACCCAUAGUCGCAUCUCCGAACGCCAAUCCGGCAUACAACCGGGCCCUGAGCCGCCAACUGAGCAGUGGCAUCUCUGAGAUUCGGCAGACUUCAGACAGCUGGAAAGUGGCUUUGGACGUCAACCAUUUUGCGCCGGAGGAACUGGUGGUGAAGACCAAGGAUGGGGUGGUGGAGAUAACUGGUAAGCAUGAGGAAAGACAAGAUGAGCAUGGGUACAUUUCCAGAUGUUUCACCAGAAAAUACACACUUCCUCCUGGUAUUGAUCCUGCCGCAGUCCGCUCCACUCUUUCCCCAGAUGGCACACUGACCGUGGAAGCCCUGCUGCCCAAACCAGCCAUUCAGUCUGCAGAGAUCAAGAUCCCCGUCACCUUUGAGGCCCAUGCCCUGAUCCCCCCAUCAGAAGCCAAGAAGCCCGAGGAGGCAACCAAGAAAUAACUGGUCUCUGGAGAUCUGCAACUUGAAAAAAGAGUAUUUCAGAUCCUCACCGAUUCCUUUUAUAAAGUGUUUUCUGUAUCUGCUCCACGUCACAAAAUUACUUUGUCAAAUUUCCCCGUGGUUCAUUUAAAAAAAAUAUAUUUUGUGCCCCGCAA